AUGCCGUAUUACAAAAAACUGACUGACAAUACAACUGGUCAGAGUUACACCAACGCUCUGUCAAUCGGAGUUCGACAGGCAAUACGCAACGGCAAACAGCAAGGUCAGCUGCUUGAAGAUAUUGGUGCCGUAACCGAAUACAUUGUACGACCCCGUUUGGCGGAUUUAUUGCCUGGAUCCACUGAAGAUUCACAAUUUGACCGUAUUGCCGAUCAACUCAAAACACUGGGUGUCAGAACUGGACUGAACAAUCUUCAAUUUGUUUGCGAGUCCAUCGAUUAUAACACCACUAGCAGUGACGUAACCAUUGAUGUACAAGUCAAGGGAAUCAAUCAACUGUCAGUUAUUGAUGACACUGGCAAAUCACUUUCAGUUGCCAAGUUUAAAAGCAACAUAAAAAGUCAACACUCGUUCAAACUGGCAUCUGUAAUCAACGAUCUUGGUAAUACUCGGGUCAGUAUCAUUGGCCAAAACAACGGCAAACAGGUUCUCAAAACACAUAAGCAUAUCAGUCGCAUUCCACAACAACAAGAUCGUGUUAAACUUGAACAUGGUGUCAAAUGGGUGUUUAAUGGUACCAGUAAAUCGGUUGGAGUAUACAACUCGCCAUCUACCAAAAAGUCACAGGGAUGGAACUCGGUCAAUGGUAAAUGGGUUGUUGGUGACGGAAUACAAUACAGUCCUGGAAUAGUCACUGAGAUUAAGAGUAGCCCUUAA